UAUAAUUUUUUAUACCCAUGGUACGUGAAGCUGAGAACUCGAAUGGUAAUUUUCCAAGAAAAUCGAAUUUCAAGUUUUGCGAAGGAUUUAUGUGACGGGAACUGCGCACAAAGAAUUCUGGGUUUCCCAGAUUUCUUUGAAUGAAAGUACCGAUGUAGGAUUUUUCUAUAGUGUUAAAUAUUUUAGCUUGUCUGCCACUACUUUUCUGAGGAGGAAACAGCCGUUAGGAAAUAUAGGAUUUAUGGCCCGGAGUUUGUUAGUUUUCUGACGUAAAUGCGAUUCGUAUCCCCCGCAAAGGUAUUCCUAUUUAUAUAUGUAUAUUCUAAGCAGCAGCCCGAUCUGAUAGUCGAACGACGGAAUGAUCCACGCGCUUCUCUACUGGGAUUAGUUUAGACGACGCCUGCGUCCCGACAUCAAGUGUCAGGUCGACCAUAAGCCGGGAAGAAUAUUUAUAUAAUUUCAAUUAACGUGAGAAUUAUCUCUGUGAUAAUUAAACCGAUCAUGAAUACUGAUGAGAAAUUGUGUACCAAUUGUUUUGCGUAUUAUUUCUGCUACAGCAAUGCAAAUGUUCCUGUGCAAAACUUUGCAACACAUUUGCCACAUUGUACUCGUCGGAUUGUAAGAUGCAGUAGGUGCAAUGAACCUGUUUCUAAGGAAAGAUUAAGUGAACAUCUGGAGAGGGAACAUACCAUGGCUAACUGUCAGGAUUGUGGAACAGGUGUACAGGGGAAAAGCCUUUUACAAGAACACCUACAGAAGGAGUGUUGUGAACGCUCAGUAGUUUGUCCACAUUGUGAAUUGGAUUUACCAGCACGGGAUAUGGAUGUACAUAGCGCAUAUUGUGGUACACGUACAGAACGAUGCACGGAAUGUGGCGAAUUUGUAAUGCUAAAAUAUAAGCAAUUGCAUUUGGAUUCGAAUCAUAACUUUGUUAAACUUGAUGACGAGCCAGGACCAUCGGCGUCAUGGAAACAAAAGAAGAAUGUUCCUUCCUCAUCAACAAAUGCCAGUAGUCAAGAUGUUCUGCUACCUUGUGAAUUUUGCAAUGGCACAUUUACCAUGAACGAACUUUUGCGGCAUCAAACAUCUUGUUUUCAUGGAUGGCGUACUGUUACACCUUUGCUUAGAAAAAUUUCUACGAUGGAAUGUACCACUUGUUAUAAAACUAUCGCAUCCGCCGAGUUCGAGGCACACCAUACAUUUUGUAGAAAAUCUCCAUCCCGUGAAUCCAAAAACGAGAAUCUCAUUCCAUGCGAAGUGUGUGGCAUGUCAGUGGCAUUUGAAGAGUAUGAGGGACACUUUUGUGUACGCAGACUUCAAACACAGAGGCAAUUGCGCAACGAUCUCGCAGAUCUUCAACGAAAAUGGCAAAGCACGGACCUUCGAUAAUCGUCCUUUUAUUUGGAUACUAUAAACAUGUACGCUUAUUUGCCAGGCUUGACGAUUAAAUUUAAUAAUAGUUCUAUAAACUAGAUGGUGAUAAUUGA